UAACAACGUCCUUGCACUAUGGAGUCGGACGCAUUACGGUUACACGUUAGCACUUUUCCAUCACUGCUGACACUCUGUACUACACUACACUACUGUUGGACGUCGCCGAGGUUCGUAACCUUUUCAAGUAAAGCUGGGUGGUACCGCGGUGGGGUUUUCCGGCAGUCAAGCCAAUCGUAUUUUGUACUCCGCUGCUGAUCGUCCCAAAAUUCGCUACACGACCUCUACAGAAUGGAGUAAGCAGAGGUACGGGCCCCCUAAGCUCGUAUGUAGAUCAUGUCUAUAUCAGCGGCUUCCCCUUGACGGAUUGAGGUAUCUGGUCCUCUCCUCAACAUCGACAACUCACACGGGCAGACAUGGCUCUCACCGAACUACUGGGAGCCCUCCCGUUGGUCUCCAGCGGCAUGUCCAAAUUCCAAGUGGCCGCCAUCUACCUUGCCAUCGGCUUUGUCUCCUGGUACAUCGUUUCAUCCAUUACGGCAUGGUAUCGUCUCAAGGAAUUUCCCGGCCCUCCCACCACUGGCUUCUCCAACCUUUGGGCUGCUAGAGCCGUGUGGACCGGCAAAGCACACAAGAUCUUUCCCGCGACUCAAGAGAAAUAUGGUCCCAUUGCUCGCAUUGGGCCCAACGCGCUCAUGGUCAGCGACGCCGCUACCGUUGUCCACAUCAAUGGCGUGCGCGGCGGCUACGCUCGGCCAAAGGACUUUUACGACUGUAUCCGAAUGGACCCAUGGGACCACACGGUCCUCUCCGAGAGCGACUCGGCCAUGCACAACGAGCGCAAGACCAAGGUCUACGCAGGCUACCACGGCAAGGGCGAGAUGGAUAUGGAAAAGGAUGUCGACAUGGUUGUUGCUGAGGCCGUCAAGCUUGUUCGCAAGAAGUACAUGAACUCUGCAGCCACUUCGGAAUCCAAGCCCCCUUUGGACUAUACCCGGAUUGCUCGAUACAUUGCCGUCGACUCGGUCACGCAGACCGGGUUUGGCAAGGCUUGGGGUGAUGUCCGCGAGGAAAAGGAUCACUUUGGCUGGCUGGGCUUUGCCGAUAUGAUAGUGGGGUAUCUGCAUAGUUUGGCCUACGUCCCUGCCAUUAGUAAGAUUGUGGUCUCAAAGCCUUUGAUGGUCCUUCUCGGUCCGAAGCCAACGGAUAAGACGGGCAUGGGAGCUUUUCUCGGUCUCAUCGAGCGAGAGGUAGCCAGACGCUACAAAGACGGCAACGCAAAGGGUACGCCCCUCAAAGCCGACACAGGCCGCUCCAGCAUGCUUGACGAAUGGGUCAAGAACGGCAUCUCCCAACGGACCGCCGUCCUCGAAGUCUCGGCCCAACUCCCCGCCGGCACCGACACCACCGCCUCCGCCCUCCAAGGCACCAUGCUCUACCUCCUCUCCACUCCCCGCGCCUACGUCCGCCUCAAGUCCGAGAUUUCCACCGCCAUCCGCACCGGCCUGAUCGCCUCUUUCCCUGUUACCGACCAAGAAGCCCGAAAACUGCCCUACCUCCAAGCCGUCCUGCACGAAGGCAUCCGCAUGAUGCCCCCCCUCAUGAACGGGUUUCCGCGCCAGGUGCCUGCAGAAGGGGACACCAUUUGCGGUCGGUUCGUGCCGGGGGGUACGGACAUUUUCGUCAAUUACGUGGGGAUGUUGCGAGACAAGAGCGUGUUUGGUGAGGAUGCGGAUAUCUUUAGGCCGGAGAGGUAUUUGGAGGAGGGUCAUGGAGGAUUAGAUGACGAGGAAAGGAGGAAUCGCAUGUUGAAGACGACGGAUUUGGCGUUUUCGCAUGGGCGGUGGCGGUGUUUGGGGCAGAGGCUGGCGUGGGUGCAGUUGCAGAAGGUUGUUGUUGAGUUCAUGAGGAACUUUGAUCUGCAGAUUGUGGAUCCGAUGCAUCCUUGUCAUUUGAGGGGCUAUUGUACGCCCGAGAUGGAUGAUUUGCUGGUGAGGGUUACUGAGGCAAAGUUGGAUUAGGUAUUUUGUUCAGGAAUUUUCAGACAAGAAAUGACGGAUGUGGGAAGGAAUUUGGACCCGAUGGCUUGUAGGUUGAUAAUCUCUGGGCAUUGACAAGCGAUUUCGGUCCAGGCUGUCCUGUUGCCAGGUAGCCAUAAUGAGUUACUCCUUUUGGCGUUGCUUCCUGCUGUCGUCACAAACAUGUUUUGCGUAUUUGUCUGUUCUGUAUUACAUCAUCGUAUCAAGAAGCUGUGCCUGCCUUCCAACUUCUGAUUGUUUGUUUCAAAUCCAGGGUUUCUUUGUUACACUACACUGAACGUGGUAUCACUCAAGAUGCGCUUGCCGUAG